AUGUCAGCUUCAACAGCAACUAGAAAAUCUGAAAUAUUAGCAGAUGAUGUACUGGCACAGCUUGAUGCUGCAAUUCAGAGUGCACCAUGCAUAUCUUUGGCCAUUGAUGAGUCUACAGAUGUUACUGAUAAUGCCCAGCUUUUGGUGUAUGUGAGAUUUUGUAACAAAGAUAAGAAGGAGAUCUGUGAGGACCUGCUGGGUGUAACACCACUGGAAACACACACAAGAGGAGAGGACAUAUAUGCAGCAAUAAAAGAGAUGCUGAGGAAGAGGGGCAUAGAUCUGAAGCAGGUUGUCUCUGUCACCACAGAUGGUGCUCCUGCCAUGAUUGGAAAAGAGAGGGGGGCUGUGUCCCGGAUGAAAGAGGACAACCCAGAUCUUCUUGCAUACCACUGUCUCAUCCAUCAGACUGUUCUGUGUGCCACUCUAUCACAACAUUUUGCUGAAGUAAUGAACACAGUGAUGAAACUCAUCAACUUCCUUAGGGCAUCCUCAUCCCUUCAGCAUCGCCUCCUGAGAGAAUUCCUGGCAGAUGUUGAGGCAAAUGCCAAUGACCUGCUACUGCACAACAAUGUGAGGUGGCUGAGCAAAGGAAAUGCACUGGGACAGGAAAUUAAAUAA